AUGGGAAGUGAAAAUUCACAGCAACCCCCAACGCGCCCACCGCCGCAGAUGGGAAUACAGCGGAGCCACGGGAGUGCCGUCGUAGGCGGUUGUGCCGAAGGCGGCAAUGCAGCAGGGGGUAGUAGAGGUACCUCAGGCGAGACAGAAAGAGCCUUCCGUAAUGGAAAUGCUCAACACCCCUCAUCUUCAUACCAAACUCCGAACUACGAUCAUUUUGCGGCC